CAAUGUGCAUAAUUUCUUGACUCAAUCAAAAAUGGUAACAAUAACUAAUUAUUUCCAUAUUCAUUCAUAUUUAACAUUAUGUUAUCGAGUAUCAAUUUUGUUACAUGGGUUUUUUGGUUUAGUGACUUGCCAAAUUAGGCCUGGUUCUCGUUUAAUAGCUUGGGAAAACAAAGCAUGGGUUUCCCAAAAUGGAACUUUUGCAUUUGGGUUUAGUCCUAUCUACUCAAAUCACCAAUUCCAACUUGGUAUUUGGUAUAAUCAAAUUCCUGGAGAUAGAGUUUUUGUUUGGUCUGCUAACAGUGAUACUCCGGUGAGCAGAAACGCCAUCUUAAGCUUCGACACGACCGGAAACCUCGUCCUCGACGACGGGCAGCGAACCAACUUAUGGUCAUCCAACACUUCAAGAGCAGGAGUAGAAUCAGCAGAAAUGUCAGAAAGUGGGAAUUUUAUCCUAUAUAAUUCAGUACUAGAACCUGUAUUUCAGACCUUUUCUUACCCAUCUGAUACACUUUUACCGGGCCAACCCUUAAAUGUAUCAAUGAAAUUAACAUCAUCAAAACAAUCACCUUCUCAUGGAGGUUACUACACACUAAAAAUGCUCCAACAACCAACUUCACUUAGCUUAGCAUUAACCUAUAAUUUACCUGAAUCUUCCCCUGAAGACACCCUUUCGAAUAUUUCGUAUUGGGCGGGCCCAGAUAUCUCGAAUGCAACCGGUGAUGUGGUUGCACUCCUAGACGAAAAGGGUUCUUUUGGGGUGGUUUACGGGCCAGGCUCAUCAAAUGGUGCGGUGUACGUGUAUAAAAAUGAUCGUGACACUAACGGGUUAUUGUACAAUAAGUCGUUAACACCAGCUACACGUACAACAAUUUUACGACGAUUAUUACUUGAACAAAAUGGGAAUUUAAGGCUAUAUAGAUGGGAUAAUGAUGUAAAUGGGUCAAGCCAAUGGGUUUCAGAAUGGGCUGCAGUGUCUAGCCCAUGUGACAUAGCUGGAAUAUGUGGGAAUGGUAUAUGUCACCUAGACAAGUCCAAAACAAACUCGUCUUGUUCUUGCCUACCCGGAACUACAAGGGUAGGCGAGAAUGAUGAUAGAUGUUUCGAGAAUAUUACUAAGACCGAAAAAUGCACUAAUCAGAAAGAAAAUCGAACAUUAUCAGAGUAUAAAAUUAUAGUUGUACAACAAGCAAAUUAUUACUUCUCUGAUAGUUCAGUGAUUGCUAAUUAUAGUGACAUUCCUACGGUGUCUAAGUGUGGUGAUGCUUGUUUAGAUGAUUGUGAAUGUGUUGCUUCGGUUUAUGGGUUAGAUGAGGAAAAACCUUAUUGUUGGGUGUUAAGAAAGUUGGAUUUUGGAGGGUUCCAAGACCCGAGUUCUACACUUUUUGUUAAGGUCUUAAAAAACGAGUCAAAUUGGAGCGGAUCAAGUAAACAAGAUGGCGAUUUAGGAGGAGACGAUAAUAAUAAAAGUGCACAUGAUAAGGCUUUGGUGAUUCCUAUAGUUUUGAGCAUGGGAAUGUUGAUUGGAUUUCUAUGUUUCUUGUUGUAUUACAAUGUACAUAGGAGAAGAAUGUUGAGACAAGCAAUGGAGAGUUCUUUAAUCUUCUCAGGCGCUCCGAUUAGCUUCACAUACCGCGAUUUGCAGUAUUGUACUUCCAAUUUUUCACAACUAUUAGGAAGAGGAGGAUUUGGGACUGUAUACAAAGGAAGCCUAGGAGAUGAAACUUUAAUUGCUGUGAAGAAACUCGACAAAAUUUUACCUCAUGGAGAGCGCGAAUUCAUCACCGAAGUAAAUAUUAUUGGUUCUAUGCAUCACAUGAACUUGGUACGUCUUUGUGGCUAUUGCUCGGAGGGAUCACGCAGGUUGUUGGUUUACGAAUUCAUGAAAAAUGGAUCAUUAGACAAAUGGAUUUUUGCUCCGAAUUACAAUCGAGACAAGGUACUCGAUUGGCCUACACGUUAUAACGUAGCAUUGGGCACCGCACAAGGGAUUGCUUACUUCCAUGAACAAUGUAGGAACAGAAUAAUCCAUUGUGACAUCAAGCCAGAAAAUAUCUUACUAGAUGAGAAUUUUUGUCCUAAGGUUUCUGAUUUCGGUUUGGCUAAAUUGAUGGGGCGUGAACACUCUCAAGUCGUUACAAUGGUUCGAGGAACUCGAGGGUACUUAGCUCCUGAAUGGAUUAGUAAUCGUCCUAUUACUGUUAAGGCCGAUGUUUAUAGUUAUGGUAUGCUUUUGUUGGAGAUUAUUGGAGGAAGAAGGAACCUUGACAUGUCUUAUGAUGCUCAAGAUUUCUUUUACCCUGGAUGGGCUUACAAGAAAUUGAUAGACGAGAAAACGAUGGAAGUCGUCGAUAAACGACUAGGAGGAGCAGUUGAUGCGGUAGAACUAUCGAGAGCACUGAAGAUAGGUUUUUGGUGCAUCCAAGAUGAUGUUUCUAUAAGACCUUCCAUGGGAGAAGUAGUGAAAAUGUUUGAAGGCACAAUGGAAGUGAACAUGCCUCCAAUGCCACAAAACAUUUUAGAGUUGAUAGAAGAAGGUCUUGAUAAUGUAUACAAAGCUAUGAAAAGAGAAUGUGAUCAUACGAGUACAAGUAUUUUUACAAUUAAUACUCAUCCUUCAUCCCGUGCUACAUGUAGUUAUUCUACUAUGUCACCUCGAUGAUGAAACCCAUCUCUUUUCGAUUGUUCUUCUUAUUGUGUGUUCGUAUGUUAUUAACUCAUCUGAUCAUGAAAAUUGAGUUUCGUCUAUAUUUUCUCAGCUUACCAUGCAAUUUUUAAAAAAGUGUUUUCAUAGGACGCCAUUCUAAUUCUUUUUGAUACAAACUACUUAUAAAACAAUUGUAGCCUUUCUGUAUUUUUAAUCUAAUCCUCUCUUUAAAUUUACAUGUUUUAUCAUGUUAAACUCUUGAC